AUGGUGCAAAGCACAACUCAAAUCUCCCGCUCCCGCUCCGCGUCGCUCCUGGCCAGGCCCCCUUUUAUCCCGUACACGGGGACACACCCCGUACGCGGGAACACCCCCAUCCUGGAACAUGCGGGGCCGCUCCGGGCCGUCCACGGCGGGCCCUUCGCCCACCGCGGGGAGCUGCGGCAGGCCAAGAGGAUCGUGGUGAAGCUGGGCAGCGCGGUGGUAACCCGGGGCGACGAGUGCGGCCUGGCCCUGGGCAGACUGGCCUCCAUCGUGGAGCAGGUGGCCAUGCUGCAGAACCAGGGCCGGGAGAUGAUGAUCGUGACCAGCGGGGCGGUGGCCUUCGGCAAGCAGCGACUCCGCCACGAGAUCCUGCUCUCCCAGAGCGUCCGGCAGGCGCUGCACUCCGGACAGAACCAGCUCAAGGACAUGUCGAUGCCGCUGUUGGAGGCGCGUGCGUGCGCGGCAGCGGGCCAGAGUGGACUGAUGGCGCUCUAUGAGGCCAUGUUCACACAGUACAGCACCUGCACAGCCCAGAUCCUGGUGACCAACCUGGAUUUCCACGACGACCAGAAACGGCGGAACCUGAACAGCACGCUGCAGGAGCUGCUGCGGAUGAACAUCGUGCCCAUCAUCAACACCAACGACGCGGUGGUGCCCCCGCCCGAGCCCAACAGCGACCUCCAGGGGGUGAUCAGCAUCAAGGAUAAUGACAGCCUGGCCGCACGACUCGCGGUGGAGAUGAGGGCAGACCUGCUCAUCGCUCUGUCCGACGUGGAGGGUACGUAGGUCAGCCCCCCCUCAGACCCAUCUCCUCUCUCUCCUCUCCUCUCCUCUCCUCCCCUUCUCUCUU